AUGUUCGUGGUUGGCGUCAAGCGGUUCGACUUUGUCGCCUCGCCGAUGCGGCCGAGCGUGUGCGUGCUCACCUACGUGUGGACGGUGUACUUCCUCUUCAUGACAUACUACGUCGAGCGCCGGACAGUCAAGCGUGCGCACAAAAAGUUCGUCGCCCACGGCACAAACCACAUUGCGCACCUGCACGGUCUCGGCAGCUCCCUCGAGCUCACCAUCGGCAUGUUCGCCAUCCUGCGACCCGACAUGCCCUCCCUCGCCUACGCCUGCGUGGCGCUCGCGAUGCUCAUCAACGUCCCAACGGGCUUCCUCAUGACCACCCGGGUCUUUGGCGUCAAGUAUAUCACUGUGCCCGGCUUCACCCUCUUUGGCCUCCUCCGCAUGGCCGAGGCGUACCGCACCGUGUUUAUUCACCCCGGGUUCGUGCACUACUUGUGGAUCCUGCUGCAAGUCGGCACCGCCGUGCGGCUGCUCGGUUUCUACGUCCUCCCCUUCUCCUCGGUCGACGGUGCGCGCGGCGACCUCUUCACCGAGCCGGUCAACUACACGCUGUGCAUCAUCCUCUCGGGCUACAUCACCACGGGCUUCGUCUACAUGCCCUUUCUCAACGUCGCGUCGCUCCUUUACUUCUGCUGCGCGCAGCCAUACUACAAGUCGGCACUGAGUGCACGGCUACGGCCGUAUCUCGGUUCCGCGGGGGAGGAGGUGAACGAGGCCGAGGCGUGGCGCGACUCCUGGCGCGACAGCGUUGCGCGCAAGUCGGGCCACGGCUCGAAGGAGAAGGCAUACUGA